AUGGAUAGCUACGAGAAAUGCGCUGGAGAUGCCUUGCGGGCAUGCACGAUCAGAGAAGAGGGCCUGAUGAAUCAAGGGACAUCCGACAAUUUUCUUUCUGCAAUAACCAAUUAUAUCAAGUGUUUUAAGGAGCAGGGCAAAAGCUGUAACGCAGCUAUCUUGCAUCACAUGAUUACCAUUUAUAAAGUGUACAAAAAGCACCUGGGAGAGAAGAAAGGGGAAUUCGGAAAAAUGGUCCAUAAGAUAUCACUGCCCGAUUAAUAAUCAUGACUAAAUACUGUUAGACCUUCAUGAAAGUCUUUUAUAUUUAAAUCGGUGUUGACAAGAUCAUAACGGUGAAGGGCUUUAGUAAAUAAAUUUAGUGUUUUAAUUAAUGAACACAUUCUGGAUAACGCAUAAAAGCAGGAGAAAUGAUAGACGAGACUGAAUAAAAAUAUGUGUGCAGUUACUUAAAAGAAUUUUUUGCUGGUGUCUUAUCCCGUGCAGGUCAAUUGAAAUAUACAUAAUAUGAAUUCAAUGGACCCUCUCCUUUAGGACACCCCUUUUCAAGGGACACCUCCUUUCAGGGGACACAAAAUUGGUCCCGGAAAAAUGGUAACAUAUUCCUUGUAUCUUUGACCUCUAUUUAAGGGACACCUUUGUUCAGGGGACACUUUGCUUGGUCUCGAGGGUGUCUCCUGAAUAGAGGUUCCACUGUAGAUAUUUUGAAUAGAAUCGCAUAAUUAAGUACAAUCUCGCGUUCUGAUUGGUUAACGAAGCGAGGUAUUUAGUGUGGAAUUGCGAGUUGAAAACGAGGCUAAGCGAUAUUGUUUCGCAUCUACGUAACAACUAUCGUCAAAUUCUAACACAACAACAUGCAAAAAAAGUUUUCUACAAUGUCAUUUUAAAAUGUUUUCAAAACCAUUCAUUGUCACUUUUUGAAGAGUUAAAAACAAACAAAAGCGUUUUUUAAAGUGAGCCGGAGGUUCUUCCUUGUUUUGAACUGAACUACAGAUUCUCGAAGAGAGAUAAAACCUCUUUCACUCGCGACAACGAGAAAACAAGAAAAUCCUGUGAACACGGCCCAGAAAAUGGCAAUCCAAAGUUCAACCAAACAAAACGGAGAAGCGACAACGGAGGAAGUGCCAGGGUCGAUUGUCCCAUAUACAGAAGAAGAAAUAGAUACCUUCAAAGAGGACAUGGCCCCUGAAAACACGAAAAAGAGUACGCCGCUUGCAAUCGUCCUGAAUCGUGGUACUUAGAAAAGUACAAAACAGAGCUGAACUUGAACAGCAUUUCUAAAACAUUUCAAGGUACUUACCUUAUGUCAAUCGCGACGUUAAACAUGUUAAACUUUCAGUGCUUUCGCUUGGACACUUGAUUUCUUUCAGUUUUGCCGCCGAAGAGGUGGAAGGUGUAAAUUAUUUGCCUUCUCGAGCAAAUGACCAAUUUGAAAAAAGACGUUCUACAUAAACGGCUUCUAAAUUCAGUAAAAUACCUCUAUUUAUCCUUACGAUUAGUGUGAAGCUUGUUUACAUGUAAAAAAGUUUGAAAACAAAUGUAAAAACAAGCACAAGGUAGAAAAAAAGUUGUCGAAGGUUCAAACGUGUACGACUGACCUUGCUUCCUAUUCGCUAACGCAAUGACAGUUCUGACAGUUGACUUUGAAAUGGCUUUCUGGAGCGCGCGCUCAGGAUAAAAACAAACAAUAUUAUUGCUUUUGUCUUUUUUUUUCUUCUGAUUUUUAUUCAAUUAUGCGAGAAUUCCACGUUAAAUUGCACUUGAAAACCGAUAUCGCACUCAUCGCUUCGCGAUUCGUGCGAUAUCGGUUUUCGCGUGCAAUUUAACGUGGAAUUCCCUCGUCAGGUAAUGAAUUUUCCUAUAAUAUAUGUAGAUGUGGUGGCGAGGCAGUCCAAAAAACACCACAAGGCUCAAUUUUAACUGAUUAUUUCAUCCGUCAUUAGUCACUUUAGUGGCAUGAAUUCGAGAAUAACAGGAUAGCGCUGAAAAUCACUCCUAAAAUCACUGAUAAAGUGCCGGGUCCCUAUUAAAUAUCAACAUUGUUAUCAUCUUUAUCAUCAUCAUCAUUAUGAUUUUCAAUCACUUUAUCACACAUAGUUGUAUAGCUUUCACGUUCAAGGUGAAAAAGAUUCAAAAUUUCUUGGAACUAAGCUGUUGUACUGCUAAGCGGGAACUAAUAGGCCAUUUGCACUAAGAGGCAUGUGACAUCGUUUUUAUGAAAAUGAAAGUUACAUGAUUUUGCCUUCGAAAAACGAUUAGUGGGUCAUAUCUUAAACAAAGUAGUAGUCAUUUGGUUUUCAAACCCGCACCAUUUUCUUAAAAUGAAUAAGUUCGUAAAUGGUCACGUGACCAAAAUGUGUUUUUUAAAAUUAUGAAUUACCUCUCUCUGAACACAAAUUUUGCACUAAACUUCAAGGAAAAUGUUGAAAAGAUGAUGUGAUAACAUUUACAGCACAUCUGAGCGUAACUAUGAAACGUUUAACAAGAUAUAAGCAAGAAGUAGUUUUGUCCGCCAUGUUGGAGGGCAAAAGCAUGCCCUCCAACAUGGCGGCCAAUACAAAUCAUACUACUUCGCUGAAAAAUCAAAGUGCCAUAAAAUAUCUCCCUUAAGUGCGUUUCCUCUCAAAUUUCGGGUGUAAGAUAAUUUUUAUGUGCUCUGACAAUUUUUGGCAUCAGCAAGAUUCCAACUCAUUGCUUAAAGGAAGCAUUGGUCACGUGACCUCUUAGUGCAAGUGGCCAAUUGUAAACUUAAAAACGAGGGAGACGAUUGGAAAACACUUUUUUACGCAUAUGAACGUUCAGUAAUUUUGGUAAUUAAAUGCCGUGCAACGAUGUGAUCCACUGGCUUUUGUAGGAAAUUUUUUUUUAAGAAAUUUUCCACAUGGUCUCACACCCGCUUCGCUUAUGAAUAGUUGUGCUUUAGGACGAAAGUUUAUGUCUGUAUUAGAGGAACUGGUGAAAAAAAUAUUUUGCACAUUGCUUCAUAAUUCAAUUUAGGAACGUUUUUAAGUUGAGAAAGCCAAAUCAUUUGAUAUUAGCCUGAGGGGAAGUCUUUGCCCAAUUGAUGUUUCGUCCAUGGGGUGAUUUAUUUGACCAACUGCCUCUCCGCUUUUAGUUCAUAUUGUCGAAAGUAUUAAUAAAUUUACAAGUUAAUGUAGUUGUACCUUUUUGAGUCUUUGCGAAAAAUUCUUUGAUGUGCCAUUCAAAUCGGGAAGCCCGCGAGCAGUACUUUUGCUUGUCACAAUUUACUUUUCAGUAUUAAAAAAAGGGCGGAAUUUCAUGCCUGAAUUUUUUAUAAGUGCAGGCCUGUGGGUAAUUAAAAUUAUUAAAUUUAUGCAAGGAAAAGGUCCCUUUUUGUCUUUUCCUUGUAGAGUCUCGAGUCAAUUUUUUUUGUGGAAAAUGCUUGUAAUUCUUUUUAAUACAUUUACCGGCAAGAUAUCAAUGGCAAUACCUCAAACAGUAAUUUAAAAAGGCUUCAUUUAUCGUUUUCUCCCAAAAUCUAUUUACUUAGUAAACAUAGAUCGACAGCUGAGAGUAUUUUUUAGAGACAGUGUCAAUGUCAAAGCUGAAUGUAAACUGAAAUGUUGUUUUAAAACAUAAACUAACGCUCAUAACACGAUAGCUUCAUUCAAGCUUCCAUCCUACUGUUCCUGCUCAGGUAUGUACAAUGUUUCUCUUACAAUCACUAAGAAAUUAGCUUACUGGAUAAACACGAGUUUUUGUUAGCAGAGCGGUUUUUAAUCUGUUGUUUUGCAGCUACAGGACCGACCUCGAUGACGGUUUUUCAUAACAGAUAUGUGGGUUUUUAGAAUGAAGAUGAUGUGAACUGUAGAAAUACAAUUUUCAAUGAAGAUGUGAUCGUCACAGUGGUAAUUGCAAUUGCAGGUAGCAUUAGCUUAUCUAGGUGGAACGGUCAGUCAUACUAUAAACAAUACAAUUAACUAGAUUUAGAAAAAGGAGACUUACAUUUAACAUAAAAAUUUACCCCUUGUUCUUUUCGUAUUAUUUUAAGCUUUUUUGACUUUUGAUUGUUUAUUCUCUCAGUUUGAAAGUUUGCUUCAAUUAAAAAACCUAUGCUUUCCGCACUGUUUUGAAACGAAAAGGCCGGGCUGCUGGUUCGGUGUGGAUAAUAGGUAAAGCUUAGUCAGUUAGUAAGAGCUUAAUAAUUUGUGGUUCACGACAAAGUUCUCUUGCAUUCUAGCUUUUUAGGAUAUGAUAACAAAGGACAGGGUAUUUUUUAGGAUAAGGAAAAGUCAUUGUAACCGACAGCAAAGUAUCUUUGUCACUCAGAUAUCUUAAGUGCAGUAUUGUCGCCCUUAAAUAUAUCGUUGCUGACUUGUUUUUAAUUCUUUUUUCAGAGUUUCUCCAACAUGUAUUUUGCGACAUUCUCCGUCAUUGUUGCUGUGGUUUUAGUAUCUGUUGAAAGCAGUACUUUUCAAUACAAAAGAUAUCGAUCGGCUUAUAGCGCAGCCUUGAAGUGCACUAAAGCUGGAUGGGAUGCGGACGUUGCUGCACUGACAUCAGGAGAAGGCCCUAGUGACGAGGAAGAGAUUCUCGAAGAUGCCUGUAUUUAUUUAAGGGUACGAAUUACAAAAUAUUGUUAUUAAUAUGUAGCAACUAGUCUUGUUAUCUUUAGUUUCCUUCUUUCCUCAUAAGAUGAGAAAAACAUAUUAACCUUCGAUGGCGUUUGAACCGAUCAGUCAGUUCGCACGAAAUGAACACGAAUUUUAAAAAGCUCUUGGUUGCAGUGAUCGAUUCACGUGAUUUUUCUUGAACUUUAUGGAUGGGUCAGUGUGGUUGAGAAAACAAACUAAUCAACGACUCGUUCAAUGAGCCCUUUACCUUUACAGGAAUUUGCACGUUGCAUUAUAAAUACAGACCCGGCUGAGUACGCAUUACCAGUUCCCAAUAUCGUCCACUUCUUGGUCGCUUAUGAAUGGCAGCAUCUGUAUAUAGCAAAGAAAGCUGGGCUCUGCGAUAACAUGCCGACAAAGGGUCUGAAGAGGAUCGCAGUGAAUUCCGGUAUGCUACAAGGAAGGGGUAGGAGAAGGGGCGCGGGGGGGAAGGGAGUCACUGGAAUUGUUGGGUUUCAGACGUGAGACAUGCUGUAUGAUUUUUUGCACAGAUUGAACAUUUACUUCUGUGAGGCUUUUAGUAUCAUGGGAUAUUGCGGGGCUGCUAAGGAUCUGUAACAUAAUUCGAUACAAUAUAGCCGCCAAAUUAACUAAAAAAAUUAAUACAUAUAGGUUAAUACCGUAGUUUAAAACCUAUUAAAGCAUUAGGGACCUUUAGAUUCUGAGACAAGAACGACUACGAGUACGAGCUUUUCCCAAUACUGAGUAUUGGUCACGCGUGAACCAUGCAGCGUCAUUGUGGCGGGAAAACGUGAUAGCCGUCGUCAUCGUACUACUAGUUUUAGCGAGAAUAGAGACCUACCGAUCCGACAACGGCUACGUUCAUGAAAACUUCGCGGAGAAAUAGACUACGCAUCCUUACACACCAUUUCGCGAUUAUCCCAAGUCGCCCAGUUACUUAAAAGAAGGGAAUUUAUAGUGGAGCUGAAGAGAGGGGGCCGCGCCAGAGUUCAGACAGAGAUGGCAGACUUUAUCGCCUUGCCGUUCCUGUCCUCAAAAAAAUUUGGUCAUUUCACGUCGUAGUCAUGCAGUGACGGCAAAGAAAUGUACAAAAAAGCGUGAUGCUCGUGCAGAAUUGUUGUUUUGCUAACUAAACCUAUUGCUUUUUGAAGUUGCCGUCGCCUUCGUAGUUUCGUAAGGUCCCGAAUAUCGUAGUGGCGGGAACGUAAAAUAAGAAGUUUUAUCAUUCUGCUACCGGGACAGGGCUUAACCUUCUUCUGUAUAGAUAACCGUACUAACUUUUUUGGUGAAAAAAAGUAAAUAGAAGCUUUCCAGCGUGUCUUUUUUCUUUAGAACACACACAAAAACUUUAAGUUAAUUCUAGUACUCGUACUCGUCCCUAAAUCUAAAACUCUCUGUUCUUAUGCUUUAGGUGAAAAUAGGUUAUGAUUUAACCCGUUUUUAAACUACAACGCAAACUUGCAUUGUUGCAAAAUAAUAUAUAACACAGGCGUUGCACCCUGCAACUAGGAAUGCAAUAUCUCGUAACCACAGCAACUGACUUCUCCCUUAUUCUCCAUUUUUGUCAGAAGAAUCUAAUUUGUUGAUGUUAAAUGAUCUCUCUUUUAAGGUAUAAUAAGAAAAGAACAUUUGGAGAAUGUUGGUAAGACGUUUCAUAUUAUAUUCAGGGCAACUGACAUAAUGAAACUUGGUACAGUGCUGGGUUUCUUGCAGAUGGAAAAAAGUUUUGAAAGCAAAUUGAUUAUUUAUUGUAAAUUUAUGGUGAUCAAAGUGCAUGGAGUAAAGAGAAACUAACUGUUGCCAAUAUGGCUCUUGCUGUUGCACAAAGUUAAAAAGAAAAAUAAGGUAUAGGAUAAAUAAUUCCCUGAAUUAAUAUUACAUCUUAGUAUCAAAAAGUCAACUCUCUAUCAAAAACAGACGCCGUUCGGAUCAAGUACAGACUGAGGUACACUAUUUGGCGAGUCAAAAAGGGGUCUUAAAAGAAAGGCGGGUUGUAAGGACCAACUCCAGGCACCAUGGUAUAUUUUUGUAUCACGGAAAGCCCGAUGGGAAUACCUGACAAACCAGGCAUUUCUGAUUAAGAUGUUCUAGUCGAAACCUCAGUCACCAGACUUUUCAAGGUAAAUUUCAACCAGGCUUACCUCAAAAGCUUGGUAAAACCAGGUUUAACAAGACUUUCAAUUUUACUUUUUAUCUUCAAAAGCCUGAUAUGUCUGUAUAAACCAUGGUUUACCAGGCUUACCACGCUUUCAGCUAGGCUUUGUUACAAAUGUUGACUGUAUUUUGCUUUCGGAAUUAAGGCUAAAUACACUCUUAGUGUAGCUUGUACAUUUGCCCUUGAAUUUUACACAUCACUUAUUUUUUCGAACAGAAAAUGACGAAUUCGCAAAGUGCGUCGGAGAUGCGAUGCGGAAGUGCAUGAUGAGAGCUGAGUACCUGAUGAAGAAAGGAAUUUCGCAGGAUUUCUUGGCCGCAAUGACAGAUUACAUUACAUGCUAUGAAAAGGAAGGUUACAACUGUGACAAAAAGAUGAUGCGCGACUACGUUAACAUUAUGAAAGCCUAUCGGAAGCAUCUGGAGGAAAAACAUGGGGAAUAUGGAAAGAUGGUCAACAAGAUAGAACUGAUCAAGACCUAGUAAAGAUUACGAGAUGGUCCUUCAUGUAGCCUCAUCUGAUUUGUGCUAUUUAAUAUAAUGAAACACUGAGUGAUUAAAAGUCUUACCCUUCAAUGAAAGGGAUUAAAGGAACAAACAAAAUAAAUUGCAGUAGGAAACAAAUCAGUUUUUACAGUUUUACUUAUUCAUUUACUUUUUAGUAACUGUACCUGCUAGAAUCGGUCUGUGACCCUUAAACACCAGGGGGCGGGGUUGGGGGGAAGGGUACUCAAAAUCUUUAUACUGGGAGGCUCUGCCCCUACGUCAAACCCCUUUCCCCUUUACAUAAUAUUUUUGAUAGAAAAUUAGUCUCCCUUUCGUGUUCCAUCUGCUGACAAAUAGCAUCCAUUUUACAUACCUAGUUUCGUAUUUUUCAUCCUUUUAAGCAGCUGUAAAUGCAGUGUCUUUUAAACACGAAUAAAUAACAAGACCAGAACGUUUUCUCGUCUCUUUCACAGCCAUCAAAUGCAUCUGUUAGCCAUUUGGGCCUUUUAACAGACCGAAAUGAACGAUUUCCCUAUUAAACUUUCAUUUAUCUGAAAAUAAAGGUACCCCUUCCGGGCGAAGCCUUUCGCUUUAGGCCAUUAUGUGGAGUUAUAACAAGCCCCCUGGGUCCUCAAGCUGUUGCAUUUUUCAGGGUAGAAUCAGGUUUUUCCUGUUUUGCAACCUGGAUGUAGCUUAAUGACAGGCGUUUGACCACUUUUGCAUGGCAGUGUUCCAUUAACAGACUUCUGGUAAAGAAAAAUGGGGUAACUUAAAAAUAGCCCUACUGAAUAACUUUGGGUGAACAACUUGCGUUUAAGUUAGGUCACCAUUUCUCAGACCGGAGGCGGGGGCAGGGGGGAGGGAACACUUUUUGGAGCCAUUCCCGCAGCUUUGAAUUUGAAUGAACUUUAAAAACUUUCACAAGCUAUGACUACCAAAUCUAUACCGCCUUUUCCUUGGAAACAUUUCUAGAAUACCUAAGGUGACGUUUACGUCAACACUGAGGUUUCUAUGGCUGCGACUUUUGACAGCAGUGCGUUGUACAAUUUCCAAUUAUAAAAUGAUUGAAUUUCCAAUUAUAAAAUGAUUGAAAAAUUAAAAAGUAUUUAUAUUUUUCCCGAUUGAUUUUUACGUUACACGUCAUGAAGUUAGUACAGAUAACUAAUUCAACUUACUGUAAUGUAAUUGUGGUUUUUCUGGUAUUUAAUUAUUUGAGAAAAAAGCGUAUCUAUAAAAUGACAAAAUUAUGCUGAGUUGAAUUUUCAACUUUAUGGUCAUUUCUCUGUAAUUUUGUUUCCUGUACAUUUUUUUUUUCCAGGAAAAUUCUUCCCAACAAAAAUUAAACAUUAUAUUGAAAUUAAUUCGAUUAUGUUGUAGGUUUUUAAAGGUAUCUUGAAGUUAACCUAUUUAUAUACUAUUUAUAUUCAGCUAGAAAGAUGUAACUGAUCUCUUUCAUUUUUAGCAUCCUAGGACAAUUGCGGAACUUCCUUAGAAGUUUAUAGAUUUUUUUCAAUAGAAAUUUAAGACGCUUGAGAUAUAAGCAGAAUUUAAAUCCUCCCGUUAAAAAACUGUUUACAACUUUGAAAUCAAUCGAAAAAUUCUUUCUUAACGUUUGCCUAAAAGCCUCUGGCCUCAUGUUUAAUUUUGUACACUAGUUUGAAGGCAAAAAUGGCAGCAACAUAACUUGCUGCACAUAAUGGGGGUGGAAUUUAAUCCUAAACUGUGCUAUGCCAAUACAUUUGUUUUGGUUGACGUACGAAUAGCGGAAGAGUUCAACCAAAAUAUCUCCUACGUGAAAGGCCUUUUCUUAAACAAGGCUUUAGUGAAAGAAACUGACUUAGAUGACAGUACAGUCCAACACACCAAAAAAACUGGCUUUACGUUGCGAACGUGCACCGAGGGUUUUUUGAAUAUAUUCUCUUUACCUGACUUACUGCGUAGUUGUUCCCUGACUUUUUUUCGACACAGAUCUUUUGUACGCCAGUACUCUUAUCCAAGGUAAGGCUCUUGCCAGUUUAUAAGAGAAGUACAACUACAAAUUCCAGUUCUUCUAUCCAUCCUCUAUUCAGUUUCAUUGAGAAAGCCCAUAUUGCUUGGUAAUAUAUUCAAAACCUUUGAACUGCUUUCACACAAUGUCACCUGCACUUCGCCACUUGGGAGUACUGAGGAUAAAAAUAUUUAAAUAUAAUCCGCUAGGGUGGUAUCAUUUGCAACAUACUCAUGUAGCUAGCCGUCGAAAUUGCUCGCAGGAAUUUGUUAUUAUUUUGAACUUAAAAACAAAUAAAAAAAAUCCAAAAUUAGACAGUCGCCAGCGUAAUGUAUACAAGAAUGUGCACAGAGACAUUUCAAAUUUGCCGAGUUUUCACACUAGAAGAGUCCAGAGAAAAUGAACCAUCUGCACCGACAAGUUCUCCCACGACUUGAGAGUCUUUUUACAUGACGUCACGUUCGCCAUAUUGGUGUUUCAAAACAUUAAAGUGGCGGCCAUGUUGGUGUUCCAAACCAAUUCUGUGGGAGUUGAGCUAAUUUCUCACGUGAACGUAUGCCGAUAUCUCAAACGUUUUUAUACCUACAAGAAAAUAAAUAACAGUUUCUUAAAGUUCGACCAUUCUUUAUUAAGGAUGCCAAAAAAUAAUAGAAAUUGGUCAAAUCUUUGCUGCCGAAAAACGCGAUUGAAAAACAUAACCAACCCGCAGAUAAAUAGGUUCGGGCCACCUUAAAAGAGGCCGAACGAAAAUUGCAUUUUUAUGAUAUUGAUAACAUACGAAGGUAUUUUCAAAACAAUUACGUUCCAAAAUGCCUCGAGUGAUGGAUUUAUUUUAACAACUGGCUCUCCAGUUUCAAUAUUGCGGCCAAGAUUAAUUACGUAGACAAACCAAUGUAUUAGAGUUUUUAUUUAGUAUUUUAUCUUUUAGUGUUUAAUGCAGGCCUAGGAAUGAUGGAAGGAACAGCUCUCUCUUUUGCCUUAUCUCUGUAGAGUCUGUGGAGUAAAAAACGUUUUACAAAAUUCAUGUUAUUCGCCCUAAUACUUUUGCAAAAAAGGCAUCACCUUAGUACCUUAGAAAAGCCUCCUUAAUCGUUUUUUACUGCAAAAUUAUUUAUUUACAUAGAUCGACAGCUGACCAAAUAAUUUUUGGGGUCAAUGAUGUCAAUGACAGUGCUGAAUCACGUUUAGUGUUUUUAAAAUAUUGUUAACAGUUUAAGCUAACGCUCAAAACACGCAAAGUCCUUCAAAGCUACGAUCCUGCUGGUCUCGUUCAGGUAUGGACAGUGUUUCUUACAAUGACAAAGAAAUUAACUAUUUAGUUUUUAUUAGCAAGUUUGUUCGGAAUCCUUUUUUUUGUCUCUAUUGCAAGGUUGCGCUUGAUGACGGUUUCGGUAUCCUUUUCUUUUCUCAAAUUUUAUUUUUUAUGACAGAAAUGUGGUUUCUUUCUCGGGUUUCCAUGCACGAAGGAGUUUUCACGAACGACUAUUUAUCAGAAGAUUUUUUCGGAAUUCUUUUUUGUGACUAUUGCAAGGUUGAGCUUGAUGACGGUUUAUUAUUUUAUUGUAGUUUUUUUUAAAAUUCAAUUUUUGUUUAACAGAAAUGUAAUUUCUUUCUCAAGUUUCCAUGCAGCAAUACUGACGUUCCUCAUUUAUCAGACUGCUCGUAGAUCAGCAGAGGCAACCAAACGUAUAUUUUAGCAUUUCGAUUUUGAAAUACCCGUGGCCUUUGGUGUCCAUCAAAAACUGAUAGGGUCACAUUAAAGAAAUAAUAUAUAGAUUUAGUCAAGGCUAAAAGCGAAGUCUCCGUUUCUAUACUUAUGAUAAAAGCAAUCAAAUUAAAGUAAUAACAUGAACUCUAAGCCACAAAAAAAUAGAAAGAAAUCUUCCCAUCUCUAAGAGCCUUCCGCGUCAGACACCUUUAGAUGGAGGGGCUAAAUGAUUAAGAAAAAAUAUCCUGCAAACAAACCUGGAUUGAAAAAAAAUGUUAAAUUGUAGGUUUCUUAAAAGAGCUGUGUCACGAAAUUCAGCCAAAUUAGGUUAUUGCAAAAUACUCGUUGAAUUAAAAGAAACAUAAAAAUAACCGCUUAAAACGUUAAAGGAAGGUUAAAUAACGCAGCAGAUACAAGAGCUGCCACGGAUGGGCAAAACUGAAGAAUAUUGAAACGGAUUGAAAUUGGGGUUUUUGAAAACUGUUCUGCCUAACUGACAGUUUUUCAAAGUUUACCUCUGCUGUUUGCAGCUUCAAAAAUAACGCUCAGGGGACAUAUUUGUUUGUCUCUAAUCUCUGAUUUUGUCAUUUACAUGUAAUUUCUUUGCCUACUUUCAGUUCCAUAGCGAUUGAGGGCGAGUAAUUGGCAAAAUAAAACAAAAUGAAGUGGACUGCCGUUGCUUGUCGUAAUUUUUUUGGCGCACCUUUAUUUGGCAUUUAUAUGAUUGUUUGUUUGCUGAGUUCAGCAUUUUGCUGGUCAAGUUCUAGAUUUUAGGCGCGCUUUUCAUCAAACUACUAGUUAUCACAGUCAAAUGUGAGUCACAGGAAAGCUUUCUUGAAUUGUAUAUUCUUCAUCCUUUUGGUCCUUUUGUGUAGUUUUUCAGUAUAAAAGAGAAAAGAUAACAAAAGGUGACUGCAGCCAGUGAAGUAUGUUUGACAUCCCAGUUGCGUUAUAUGCCGUAUUGUUGAUCAUAAGUACAACGUAAGCAUAUUUUUUUAAAACUUUUUACUGAAAGUUUUAUUUCUUUUGCAGUCUGUCCAACAUGUUUUCUGCGAUAUUCAUCGUUUUUGCUAUGGGUUUAGUUUCUGUUGAAAGCAGUACUGUUCAAUCUGCUUUUGAAGUUGCCAUGAGGUGCACUAAAAAAGCAUGGCAAGCGGACGUGGAUGCUCUGGCAUCAGGCCCUGUCACCGAGGAAGAGAUCCUUGAAGAUGCUUGCAUUUACCUAAGGGUAAGAAUUACAGAGUAUUUAUAUAUCACCAGUAUACAUCAGCUUGUCUUGCGGUAUUUUCUUUCAUUCCUCAAAAGAAGAACAACAACAAAAAAUAAAAACCUUUGAUGGCGUUAGAACUUACAGCCGGUGGACAAGGCGUGGAGGUAAUUGAGAAGCUGUAAGAGGGUCAGAGUGGAUUUGUAGCUUUGACGGCUGACGGUUAAUUUUCCGUCAGUUCAAUUUUGACAGUGGACGGCUAAACUUUAGGGCUUUUGACGGUUAUUUAGUGAAAAUUUAGUUCACGAGUUAAAGUAAAUAUUAAUUAUAACUUCUGUAGAAAUUAAUAUUUAAGUAUUGUGUUUUGGAGGUUGCUUUGAACCGUUCACGUAUAAAAUUUCCAAAUAUUUUAAGAAAUAGGAAAAUUGUAAGGUCUUGUAAUGUUCAGAGACAAUUUUUUUUUAUGUAACAUGGCCAGUGGAUUUCCAAGUGAAGAGAUUCUUCAGGAGCCAAAAGCCUGUGAAGAUCAGCUGAAAUAGUGAGACUUGAAAUACCUUGAAACGUUUUGACGGUUAAUAUUACUCUCAAUUUUAGGCCGUUUUACGGCUGACUUUUGACCCCAUUGAACCUUUCCCUAAAGGUCGCAGCAGUAAAAGAACUCGCUUCUGGCCGUGUGUAACUGAACCUACUUUCUCAAUAGUAAAUUACAUAUAUCGCGCCUUAAUUUUUAACCAGUUUUAUUAGCUAAAAAGUUAGUUACGACUGACACUGCUUAGCCCAGUCUGAGUACACAAACUGGUUUUGCUCAGGAGAACUUUUUGAAAAGGUUACGUUUUCUGUCACUGUACUGUGGGAAGCGGGCUCCAAACCAUAAUAACAAUGUUAAAAAAAUACACCACGGAGUUAUUUGUUGCCACAAUAUCAAUGGUUUGAAAACGUAAAAAUGAUAAUGGAAGUUCUCGAUGGCAUUGAUAUCCUUUCAUUACUCUUCAUGAAGACUCAGUAAAUUUGAGCAAAUAUAUUAAGAAGCCACUAUGUUCGAUAAGCUCUUAACCUUUUCUAUACUUUAACGCUUACUAAACUUUUUUAUUAUUAUUAUUAUUAUUAUUAUUAUUGACAGGAGUUUGCACGUUGCAUUGUGAAUACAGACCCCUCUAAAUACGCCUCACCCAACCCCAAUAUCGUCCACCUCUUGGCCGCUUACGAAUGGCAGCAUCUGUACAUAGCAGAGAUGGCUGGAAUUUGUGCCAACAUGCCG